AUGUCAUCUGAACACGCGGGUGCAGACCCCCGCGCCAAAGCGCCUCAAGAUCUAGAUCUUACCCCUCCACAAGCUCAAGAUAGAGACUCAGCACCAGUAUCCAGCCGAUCUUCAAUGUCCUACACAAGGACAUACUCAACACCAGCGACCGGGACACAAACUCCUGAUCCACUGAUGGGCAGCACGAAAAUGGUGGGCAAAGUCACCCUCCAAGAGCUCUCGAUCAAUGACAUCAGUCGUGAAAUCAACCAGAGUUAUGAACUCGACACAACAAGCAAAAUGAAAAACAGAAAACACGCAGACUCAGUAUCUCGUCCUCAUCCCGACAGCGACGAAGAAUCGGCAUCCGGAUCCCCGAUCCGCAGCAAACAAGGCAUCCCACCCGAGCUCUCAAGCUUCACAGCCGAGCUUCUCCUAAUCUUCGUCUGCUCAGCAGGCCUAAUGCUCUUCUCUUUCCUGCUGGGCGACAUGCUCGCCCCGCAAGAACAAAUCAAGACAGCCCUCGGCAUCACCAACACCCAACUCCCCUGGGUCGUCGGCGCCUUCAAUACAGCAAACGGGCUGUCGGUAAUCAUCUCCGGCUCGCUAACAGACCUAAUGCCACCGAAGCUCCUAAUGGUCGGAGCCUUCGCCUGGCUGGCCGCAUGGAACUUAAUCGGCGCAUUCACUCUCAACCCAUCCCGCUACGUGCUGUUCUUCGUCAUGCGCGCAAUGCAGGGUCUCGCUAUCGGCGUCCUCGUCUCGGGGAGCAUGAGUAUCCUGGGCCGCGUCUACACACCCGGUAUCCGCAAGAACCGAGUCUUCUCAGCAAUGGCCGCUACCGCUCCGUUCGGGUUCUCUCUCGGCGCACUCCAGGGUGGAGCAUUGUACCAACAUCUCCCAUGGAUCUUCGGGUCAAACGCUAUUAUCUGCGUGUUUUUGUCUGCGGCUGCUUGGUUCGCUAUUCCGCCUCUCCGACCCAUCGCCGAUGUCUCCGGUAAGGAAGCACCGUCGCUCAAGCAAUUCGACUAUAUCGGUGGCUUCUGUGCUGCUGGCGGUUGCGUGUGUCUCUUGUUCGGGCUAACGCAGGGCCCCGUUGCGGACUGGUCCCCUUACACGUACGCUUUAAUCAUCGUCAGCGUCGGACUGUUCGUUGGGCUAUUCUUCGCAGAACGCAACGCUGUUCGCCCUCUCAUCCCUAACCGCCUCUGGCGCACACCGGGCUUCACUCCGCUCAUGAUCGCUUACUUCCUUGGCUUCGGGUCCUUCUUCGGCUGCUGGCAGUUCUACGCGAUUCAGUUCUGGCUGCGUAUCCAACACGCCACUCCCAUUGCUGUUGCGCUGUAUCAUAUCCCCAACGCGCUAGUCGGUGUCCUGGCAACGUUGAUCGUUGCCCGAACUCUACAUCUCGUUCCAGGUCACUAUAUCUACACCGUAUCCAUGCUAGCCUUCACACUUGGAUCGGCGUUCUUCCUGCCGCAGACUGCAAACACCAGUUACUGGGCGCUUUCGUUCCCGGGUAUUUCGCUGGUGACAUUCGGGCCUGAUCUUGCUUUUGCGGCGGCUUCGAUCUUCAUUACUAGCAACGUUGAACGGUCUUAUCAGGGGAGUGCGGGCGCUUUGUUGGUUACGAAUCAGAAUCUUUCGUCGGCGAUUAUGACUAGUGUUGCUGAUGCUAUUGGUACGCGUGUUGAUAGAGGACCGGAUGGGGAAAUUGGUCUUGAUGGGCUGCAUGCUAUUUGGUGGUUUGCUCUUGCGGCGCAGUUGCUUGCUGCGUUGAUCACGAUUGUUUGGGUCAGAAUUCCCAAGGAGGAGGAGAAGGAGCACGUCACUUGA